AUGCAAACGUUUGUGCUGCUUGUAUCGUCUAUUGCUGCUGUUGCAUCUGCGCAGUCCGUCUCCAACUCGACGUUGUCAUCGACACCAGGCUCUACGUCGAUGCCGACGGAGCUCGCAGCCAUCAUCGAAUGUAGCACGACGCAGUUAGACGACGCCCAGGUAAUUCUGACGUCAAACCGGCGCCAGAAGCAGUGCGAGACAGCGCUCAAGCUAGCGUCAGGUACGAUGCUGCAGGUGACAACGGUGUCAGCUACUGAGAUGUGUGACACGGCUUCGUGUAAAGCGGCUCUUCAGGAGCUGUACAACGUGCUGCCCAACUGCCGUUACAACCUCUGGGGCCUGCAGUACUCGGCAAAAAAGCUGCUCGAGUACUGUGGCCUUACACCAACCAACACGAGCGAAUUGGUUCCUCCUAGUGGACCCGUCGGCCGGAGCGCGAUCUCGGAUUUUACCUCAGUUGCACCGGUGAAUGCGGACACUUCUCCCACGACGAAUGACGCAAGCGCUGCGAGCUCUGCGUCAGCCGCGUCUUCAGGAUCAAGUGUUGCGCUACGAAUCACCAUCGUUUCGACUGUGUUGGUGACGACUACAGGUCUAGUCGCUGCUUUUUUGGCCUGA